UUUUCCGUUUGUUUGUUUCACAGGUGGCCCUGAAAUAUGGCAGUCAAAUGGACUGAUGGGCAUUCCUCCUCUAUACUGUGCCUGAACAUAAACAAGGAAGGGCUGGUAGCUUCAGGAGCAGAAAGAGGCGAGCUCACCAUCUGGGAUGGAAAAGGCAUUCCAGUAGGACAGCUCCAGCUUUGUAAGGCAGAUGAUGUUACCUCUGUUGUGUUCUCUCCCACCUGUCCUACCAGGCUGUACACUUCCCAUGGAGAAACUAUCAGUUUGCUGGAUGUUCGAUCUCUUAAGGAGCCUACUGAAUGCUUCCAAGUGAACGAGGAGGAGAUCAGUUGCCUUUCAGUGAACGAGACUGACAAUUUCUUGGCUGCAGCAGAUGAUUCUGGGACAAUAAAGAUUAUAGACUUAGAAAACAAGAAAGUCAGCCGGUCCUUGAGACACUCAAAUAUCUGCUCCUCUGUUGUCUUUCGACCUCAGAGGCCACAAAGCCUUCUUUCCUGUGGACUGGACAUGCAGGUUAUGCUGUGGAACCUGCAGAAGGCUCGUCCACUGUGCACCACAAACUUGCAGGACUGUGAAAUGGAUGAAGCCAAUCCACAGACAGCUGGCCACUUCCUUAACCCGCCACUUGCACAUUCCCUGUCUGUCGCAUCAUGUGGCAACAUCUUUGGUUGUGGAGCUCAAGAUGGUAAAGUCAGAAUCUUCAGGGUCACCGGUGUUAAGUUUGAACAUGAGUUAGGAUUUAAAGGUCACAGUUUGGGAGUGUCACAGGUCCUUUUUAUGCCAGAAGCAUAUUGGCUGCUGACUGGAGGAAAUGACGGGAAAGUCUUGCUCUGGGAUGUCAGCAAUGGUGUUGGGAAACAACAGAAAAGCCCGGCAAAAUCUCUCCAGAGAAAGAAGGCCCAAGCACCUACUUCCACCAAAAAAGAGGGAAAGCCCAACAAAAUGGUUUCAAAUGAACAUGCUAGAAUUUUACCAAAGCUAACCAUUGAACAUGGAGAGAAGGUGAACUGGAUCUCCUGUACAGAGAUCAAAGGCUCUAAGAGAGUAUUAGUUGCUGAUCAGAGUAGUUCUAUAUCUGUGUAUCCAUUACCAGAAGCCUAGGUGCUGAAAUGUUUAAGGAAAUUUGUGGUGAAGAAUCAUUUCCUAGGGUGUUUGAAAUGACAGUUUCAAACUGUCAGCUACAUCUGCUGACAGUGAACUGAACAAUGAAACCUCCUGUAGCCUCAGGAAUGGCAAGAGAUUUGCUGUGUUAUUUCAUGCAAAUACUUAUGAUGUUAACUGACCUUGCAUGGUAUUUUCCAGUGGCUAGUAUUCACCUCAAAAUUUUCUGGUAGAGUUGGCAAUUUGCGUCUUAAAUUUAAGUGAAACUGGUUUCAAUAGAUUUGGGAAAAUAUUAGUUCAAAACUGACCGGAUAUAAUUAAGAUUGGAGGAAGAAAUUCACUUCAACAGGGAAACCCACAAUACUAAAUUAGGAUGCUGAGCAGUAAUAAAGAUGUAACUGGCUGAGCUCCUUGCAUUUGUACAGGGAGUCUGAACUAUUUCAGUGCUUUACUUUACCUUCCCUAUUAAACUGUGUCACAGUUAGCUUAAAUUGGACACAGUGUAUUUUUCGUUAAUUUGUCAGUGGGUGCCUUUAAGACUAAAAACACAUUUGUAAAUUAACUUCUCUAAUGAGUAAUCAAAUCCCUGUAACAGUCACUGUCAGUUGGAUUUUUUUUCACCCUGUAAGCAAAGGAACUGGAGAAAAUGUUAACAAGUGUUUACUUGGUCAGUCAUCUUACACAUGUAAUUUGCUUUCAAAAAUGUUAUUUACUCCAGGAGAGAAAAAUAACUAUUGCAUUUGUCUCAAUAAAUGCUUGAUCUUUCACUGCACCCUUGAGCUCAUGCUCACGCUGGUAUUACCAAUCUUACGGGCUAAGCAAAAUUGUACCACAAAGUAGAUUUUAUAGUCAUCACAGAGUAAAUGGAAAGGGCCAAAUGCACUGCUCUUCCUUACCCAAAUACUUCCAUUGUUUCACAAAGCUGUUCUAAAUACAACAAGUAGCAUUAGGCCCUUAUGGCUUGUUAGAAAUGCUUCUUAAUUUGCAAGUUAAAGGCAGGAAAAAUGUAAAAAGUGGGAAUGCCUCAGAUCUUGACAUGCUUAAUUCAUGCUAAAUUUCCCAUGCAAUGGGCAGAUAAUUAAAAGAAAAAAAGCUUAUUUUCUCAGGCUGUCCUGAGCUUCUUACAGGCAAAGAGUGAAUGCGUUGUACUGGUUAAAUUGCUGUUUUAAUUCAUUUGUCUGUGUGCUGUCUUCAGUAUUUAUGUUACCAGUCACACGUUACCUACCUUUUUUUUAUUUUUGAUGGAACAAAUUUCCAGGCCUUUGUGUACCCAGCUCCUGCAAAUAAUUAGCCAGUAGCACUGGCUGUUCAACCAUUAUGGAAGACAUUCUAACAAACAGCCUUGUUUUUGCUGUACUUCAUUGUCAGAAGUAAUUCCCAGCAAGCCAGUACAACUUGUCAUUCUCAUCCAAAUCUAAUUUUACUUAAAAAGAAAUUUGCUUAUGCAGUCUCUAAUACCAGGAGGCUUUGGCCCAAGACAAGAAGUGAUAGGCACUACAGCAAAAUAAAGCCUAAACACAUUAGAAACCAGCAUAGUGUAGAUAUCCCCUUCCACAUCACCUUCAAAUUCAUCUUAUACAUGAAGACAGACAGGAUCACUUGGUCAGAGGAAGUGAUCCAAAUGCAUAAUUCACUAUGUAAUAUGUUCAUGAACAUGUGUCUGUGCAUCUAUGAACUAUAUUUAGAUGUACAGGCUAUAAAAAGCCUCAGUGCAAAACAACCUCCAGCAGGAAUCAGAUCCCCUGUGCAUGUUGUUGCUGACUGCUUCAGGAGAGUGCAAGCCUAUUCCAGCUUUAUUUCUUCUCUUCUUGUUUUCCAUGAAGAUGACUAAAGACGGCGUGUCUCUGCGCUCCCUGAACAAGACAUUAAACAGGUUAUUAAAGGGUUGUUUUAAUAAUACAUUAAGGGGCAAGAAAGGACAAUCCUUUUCCGGAAAAAGGAGGUACGGGAUGGGGCAGGGGGGGAAAAGACAAGACUAUCCUGUAGUGGUCUGUUAGCAACAUGAACUUUUACUUCCCUUGGAAUUUUUCAUGGGAAAUAAAGAGAAUAUAAAUAUAUAUUGUGUGUAUAUGGAAAGGGAGCAGUUCAUGAGCGAUCUUCUCUUUCUCUCUUAUUCAUUUGAGAGCGGACGGGGACAAAGCAACACGCUGCACCACUUCAUGAAUGCCAUUCUGGACAGCUUGCAAGCUGCUAGCCCCACGUGUUUUGCUACAAGGUUCUGUGCAAUUGCUUGAUCAGCAAAGACCUAUGGCUUCUUGAAGUGUUGCCAAGCACCUAUGGGUAAAGGGAAGUUCUAGUUCACACUCUGCUAUGGUGCAGUUCUACAUGAUUUGUGCUGAGAUUCGUGCUGAAUUUCUGAAUUUGGACAAACAGCUGAGAAUCUAGAGGGUUCAAAGAUAGGAAGUAAGCAGCUAUAGUUAAGAAAGAUCAUCUAUUUUUUUUAAAGAUAUGUUCUAAGAAACAAAAUCACUGUCACUGAGGAACUGGGACAUAGGUGAUGCUGAUUCACCUUCCAUUUUCAAAGUCUGUACCCAGAAGAGGCUUGCAAAAAUACUUGACCAACAGGUUCGUUGGCUUCAUGUAAAAAUAACCUGACACAUGCUGCCCCUACUGCUAUCAGUCCACACGUUCAGCUGCAGCGUGACAUUACAGUCACCAGCAGACCGUGUUGCUAAGCAGCUAGGUAGAUAGAAGGAUCGAAUGCAAGCCACUUGCACUGACAGACGACUUUUCUAAUGCAAUGACCACUGCUCUUCAGGAAGAAGGAAAGAGUUGAAAAAGGGUCUGAAAUUCUCCAGUUAUCAGAGACAGGCAAGACACUGUUCCCUUUCAGUAUUCACACAUAUAUGAAAAUUCACUGUCUUUGAAGGUACUGUGCAAAUAGCAAGAAAUGCGUGUGUCAACUUAGGUGACAUACAUGUAAAUCUAGUUUAUGUGUAGUAAAAAUGAUUACUGUCCAUCAAUAUUAUCAUUGCUGAUGAAAUGCAGUACUUCUGUCUAUGAAAUUAAUGUUUCAGAUAUUGAUAUUUGCCUAUAUAUUCAAAUUAUGAAAAUACUGUAGUCAAAGACCAGGUCUCCACUGUAACAGCAGUGGUGCGGUAACAAAGAUGAUCUUUUCUCCAGACAUGACAAUUUACACUUCAGAAUACAACAAACUUCUGUGCCACUUCUUUGCUCUACAUAGUGUUAUUUUAUACCAACAGAUCUCAGCUGAGGAGAAUCCCCCAGUGUAGAGACUUAGGCUUCAAGACUUGAGCUUUUACUCUUUAGUUCCCUUCUCUUUUCUGGCUUCUGUAACCAACAUGUAGUAUAGACAAGGCUACAGUCAAAAGGAAUUGGGUCAGAAAGACAAAGUAAAAAGCAUAGUAGAUACAACCGCAGAGGAGCCUAAGUCAAAUCGACUCCAAUGGGAAUCUGCUGUUUGAAGCUGGCCACAAAUGACAGAUGUUAACAGAAGCCCCUAUAUACAGUAUGAGAUUGCUAGGUCUCCCAGAAAUUAAGAUGUAUUUGAACGACUGCUGUGCUGUA